AUGAUUUUUGAGAUUUAAAAUUACUGUAAAGAAAUUAGUAAUUGCUUCAUAUCCUCAAAAAUAAAUUAAUGCUAGAACGAAUCAUAAUUGUUAGGAAAAAUUUAAUCUCUGCAAGUAUUAUUAUUUAUUUUUACAUUUUGAUAGGAUAGCUUGAAAGAAUUUGACUUUUGGUUUAAAACUUAAUUCAAUAAUGAGGAACUUCUUGUCAAUUAUAUUUACACUGAAUUAUUAGAAGUUCGAAAAAUAAAUAAAGUUGUUUAAUUCAAAAAAAUUGAUGAAAAAUCAUCAGAAAUAAAAGGCUUAAGUAUGGAUUCACAAAAAAGUGCAGAGACUUAAUCUAGCAUUUGUAGUGCAAUGUAAUAAAGUUUAAGAUAAUUUUAGAUCUUAAUAUAAACAAUGGACUAGAAAAUUAUAGAAGAAAGGAUCAUCAUUGAUGGAACUUCUCAAUAAUAAUAAAGAAGAACUUAUUGAUUAAUUAAAUCUCUAAACUCCUCCAAAACCUUAUUCACUUGAUAAGAUCUAUUAUGUGAUUAAUUUUGAGAUUAAUUGUUUGAAACAGUAUGAAAUUAGUGGAGAAGAAGAAAAUUAAUUGUAAAUUAUUUAGGAUAAAGAAGUGUUAAGAUGGAUUCUUAAUAUAAUCUAAGCCAAAAAUCAUUACAAAUAAAUUCUAUAAUGUUUAAUAAACUCUGCAUAGGAAUUAGCUAAUUAUUAGAUAGAAGAUUUUACUUAAGCAAUUGAGAAAAUGAACAGUUAAGGAUCCUUUUAGACUAGUGAUGAAAAUCUAAGGUCUAUGAGCAAUUAAUCAUUCUAAAUAAAUUAAGAUGCUUUCAAAUAGUUAAUAGAAAAUAAAAUUAAAUAAAGUAUGGCUGAAUAGAAUGAAAAAAGAAAUAAAACCAAAUCUUAAAAGUCUAUUAUAUCAAAUAAAUAUGAUACUACUGAUACAAAAGCCUGCAUGUGUUAAAUAUUUUGA